GCUUGUAUGGCCCUGUUUUUUAAAGUCUGGGAAGCAGAAAAAGGAAAAGUGAUGUUUCUGGAUCAACUGAAAUGUAGUGGAAGGAAGGAAGGAAGAUGUUCUUUCAAAACUAUGCAGCUUUUAAGUGGCCACCUCAAAAAUUACACUCAAAGCCCAGAAAUAAGAAUAUCAAAGUAAUGCAAAGUGUCUUAUCUAUUAGUUGAUCCAUCCAUGUAUUUCCACACUAUCCAACAGACAAAUCUCUCUGCACAGUUGUCUGCAAUUAAUCCAAAAAGAAAACAGUGCAAUAAAAAUAGAAAUGCACUAAAAAUUUGGUGUAAGAUUCUUACCUUUAUAAAUGCAGUAUAAAAAUAUAGAAUAGCUUAACAUCCAAGAGAUGUACAAUCAAUGCAGUCCUAGUAGAAGUAGCUGACAUAGCCCCUCAUGGGCAAAUAAAUGUCUGGGCAUAGUGUAUAAUCAAUAUUUUGUCCUACACUUGUUACUGCUUCAUGUCCUACCUCUUCAGGUGGUUCUAUCUUCAACAGGUAGAUAAAGUAUAUCUUUGCACAUUUUAGCCUUCUUCUUAAAUGUCCUUUGACUGCUUUCAGCUAACAUAUGGGUCCUUUGCAUCAAGCAAAGAGAUGGUGGCCCUUCCUCCCUUUUACCGCAUGGUCCCAGCUGAAGACCACCAACAUCUGGGAAUUAUCAGUCUGCUUAAGCACUUUGGAUGGACCUGGGUUGGGCUUUUUGUGGUGGAGGGUGAUCAGGGAGAGUUUUUCCUGCAGGCCAUGGAAACUCUGUUUUCCACACAUGGAAUCUGUGCCGACUUCACAAGACGGAUUCCUGCCCAAGUAUACCAUAUAUCUAAUGAAGAAGGGAUUGCUCUGGCCCAUGCUAUGUUUGAACAGAUCAAUUUCAGGAAAUCCAGAGUAUUUGUCAUCUAUGGUGAAACUUACACAUUGAUGUACAUAUGGUAUUUUAUACAUCAUAAAGAAGAUACUUCAUCUGAGCAACCUAUAUUGGUUGGAAAGGUGUGGAUCAUAACACCCCAGAUUGAUUUUGUAUUGGCCAGCAUGCACAGGGACUUGGAUUUGCAUGCUUUCCAUGGUGCCAUUGCCUUCUCUAUUCACUCAAAUACCCUUCCUGGGUUCCAGGAAGCUCUUCAGAUGCUAAAUCCAGACUGGAAACAAGCAGAUGCUUUUCUGGAGGAGUUCUGGGAGGAAACAUUUGACUGUGUGGUUCCAGACCCAUGGGUGCCUUACAAGGUUGUGGGAGCAUGCACUGGAAAGGAGAGGCUGGAGACCCUGCUUGGGCAAUUUUUUGAAAUGCAGAUGACUGGCCACAGCUACAGCAUCUACAGUGCCGUGCAUGCCGUGGCACAUGCGCUCCACGCCUUGUUCUCCUGGAGAUUCAGCUACAGAGCAAGGGUUUAUGGCAAAGCAUCUGAACUUCAGGACCUGCAGCCAUGGCUGACUCAGAGGUCUGCUCUGAAUGUGCAGAUGAUCACUAUCCAAGCAGGAAGCAAGACAGAUGCAUCCGAAAGUAAUCCACUUUCUUUCUUAUGA